UAUCCCGUGUUCUUUGUACAGUGUCAGGUCAAUCAGUCAAUGACAUGUAGAUUGUGUUGAUGAUGGUAAUAUCACCGAACUCUACCGCUUACAAUAGGAUGACGCUUUUGCCCUGCGUUAAAAUGGAAUGAUUUGUCAGUAGCAUAUGCCCACAAGAUCAGUCUGAAUGUAAUGAAAAUCAAAAUUGAACUGACGUUGUGGCAAUCAAUGAGGUAUUUUCUUGAAUUUCCCCAAGCCAACCUUUUCUUUGAUGCUGCAUGCAACGCAAAGAACGCGGCCAAUGAAAGCUUCUCGAUUUUCUUUCUUCAACGUUUACACACAUCCUUUCCAUUCAGUCUCAGUUGACGUGAACUUAAAUUAAGCGAAGAAAGUCGGCUUGUAUUGUCUCGUUUGAUUUUGAUCAAUGCCUCAUUUGCAAUAUUUUACUUGUGACACCCAAGACAUGAUCGCAAAAGAUGAAGUCAUCGACAUCCCAAAGGCGUGGUCUCACUUCAUUUCGAAGCGAGAACAGUAUCGUAUCUGUCCUAUGUCAUCUUCGGAUUGUGAAAACGCAACUUGUCGCAUCAAAGAAUGGCUAAGGAAGAUGUCUAAUUCCGAUUACUGGGUGGAGCUGUCCGUGAGCGAUGGUACAUGUCAUCUUUCCGAAGUGGUGGAUCCCGAUUGCAACCAAGAGCAAGUGGUGGACACGUCUCAAUUUGCUUCUUUAGUAACGCUUUCCUACAAGAACGGAGAUUACUUUAGGGGAGAGUUUUCAGAGGAUGGUCAUGAGCGAUAUGGAACUGUUUUCAAAAUCGGACAAUCAGAGAAGAAGAUCAGCGGCACGUGGAAGAAUGAUGCUUUGGAAGGACCAGCUUGGGAGGAAUCUCCCGAAAAUGGCACAAAAUUUGGAGCAUUUAUCAAAGGAAGAAGACAAGGCAUUCAUCGCAUCUUAGGCCCGUCCGUGGCUGAAUAUCAUCAUUUGAAAUACGUGACAUUCUUUGAGAGUGAUGUCCCGACAGGAUUGACUUGGAAGGGUAUGGUGGGUGGAGCUUUUCUCCUGGGGCCAGCGACUCCAAAUGGAAAGAUAUCUGGACCCGCUUGCAUGUACUUGUAUCCGGACUUGUCAUCAGUCGUCUUAGGGACAUUCGAAAACGACCGCUUGGUAAGAGGGUGUUGGGCCACCGUGGAAGAGAUAGAUUUCGUCAAUGGAAUUCUCGUUCCCAAAGUAGGCGAGCCAAUUCUCCAGCAUGGAUUCCUCUUUCGAGAUGUCUCUACACGGUCCUCCAUCUCUAAACUGCCGCUAUUGCAAGAUUUCUGGGAGAGUAAGCGGGUUCAAGUUCAGCGAUCCCAAGUGAACGACAACGCUGGUGAAGGUCUUUUUGCCAAGAUUCAGUUCCAAGUCGGGGAUCUCAUCUGUUUAUACAACGGGAUUCGAUAUCGGUCUGCAAGAGGCGAUGAAGGUUCUGACUAUUGCAUUAAACUCAAUUCCGAAAUUGACAUCGAUAUCCCUCCAGAAUUCACCGAUUUGAGUGCGUAUUGUGCCACUUCCGGUCACAAGAGUAACCAUUCGUUCCUUCCCAAUGCCAAGUGGGCAACCUUGGACCAUGUUCGAUUUGGAUUGAUUUGCGCCGUGAGAGCCACCAGCAUUAUCCAACCCGGGGACGAAAUCCUUGUCAAUUAUGGGAUCCGAAUGGGUAUUGCCCCUCUGUGGUAUAAACAACUAUGGGUGGAACAUUGCAAAAACGAGCUCCACAUGAGUAACGAGGAUAUUUUGUCCUGGUGUAAUCGCCAGUACUCCAUGAAUGGAAUCCUUGUUCAACUGCCAUUAUAAAGUUCGCCUAAUGUAAAUAU